AUGUCUCUACACCUCUCAUCACGUCAGUGGAAGGCGCUGGCAGCGAUAUAUCAUCUCUACGCGGGGAAGGAGAAAAAUGAGGAUGCCGCACCUUUUGCAGGGGCAAAGGGAAUAAACGGUGAUAGUGAAGUGAGUAAAAUACAAAGAGAAAAGAAUGAAACAGCAUCUUUACAAUGGGUACAAGGAGUUCUUCCUCUUUUACUGCGUGCGUUUCCCGAUGAUAGUCUUGCAGAAUUAAAUGAAUCUGUAAAGCAAAAACAGUAUAGUGGGAAUGAGAAUGAAAAUAAUAAUAAUAAUAAUAAUAAUAAUAAUAAUAAUAAUAAUAAUAAUAAUAAUAAUAAUGAUAAGCGUAGUUUGAACAGGAAACGACGGCGUUCGGAUCAACGAGAUAGUGUAGUGGAUAGGUGGCGAAAGUUAAUUCCAACCAAAAUGGAUGACUUCUUCACUGCUGUGCUGUCAUCUGGGGAAGAGGAUGAAAAUCCACUAUUGUUGACAAGGAAUGAACUUUGCCUUUUGCGAUUACUUAAUAAGGAACAACGUUGGUCAGAUUACUGUUACCAACAAUGUGCAUCCCUAAAGGAAGAGAUGCGGCAUACAGGAGAGAGACUCUUACAAUAUUCUUCAGAGUCCAAUGACCAUAAGGUUGUUAAUGGCAAUAUGAGUACUUCCAUCUUUUCUUCCACAAGGGAAGGGAAGGAACACCACCAAACAUCAUCACCGAAAACUAAAGGACAGAUCGAUAGUAACGGUAAUUAUAAACAAAAUAAUAAUAAUAAUAAAAAUAAUAAUAAGAAUCAACAGAAUGUUGUGGUUAAUUUAUUGGAUGAUGAGGAGGUGACCGAUAUGGAAUCCCCUCGACAUUUUGACACCACACGAAAAAAAGAGACUACCCCAAACAAAUCCAACAAACUCCCAUCCCCACCCGCCUCAUCAACAGCCAUUACAGAAACAGACGAUAUUCCAGUAGAUCCCAGCCCCAACGAGGGGGAAUCACUCUUCGAUCUCAUCUGCGUUCAGUGUGGAGCGGAGGGCGGCGAUCUCUUUCGCUGCAAUCGAUGUAAAAAACUCCGCCACGAGGCCUGCGGUGGCCCGAGAGUGGACUCCUCUACAGGUGUCUGCAGUGAUUGUUGUGCGUUGUUGGGUCUCACACCGAGCAGCUGCAGUCUUCGCUCCUCCACCUCCACAGAAGAGCGUGCAGAGCUUGGCGAGGAUGACAGUGAUGCGAGUGAGGAUGAGGACACAAGUCUUUCAGGCUUUAUUGUGCGAUCUUCAGAGGAGUCAGAGAGUGCAGCAUCAUCAUCAUCGUCAGCAUCAUCGUUAUCGUCAGAGUCAAUAGUGGAAGAGAAAAAACCUUCUAAGCGUGGGCGGCGCCACCGUCGUUAA